CAGCGAAGGCGCGAGCAGCAAGAGUGCGCGCAGGGCUGGAGGGAGUGCAGCCUCCGCCGCCAGCGCCGCGGCGGCACAUGGGCCGACCCCGCCGCCGCCGCCCCUAGCAGCUCCGGCGGCCCCCGUCUCGCAGCCUGCCGCAGCUCCGGCCAGCCGACCAGCCAUGUCGCUCAGCGGAGCCUCUGAGCGCAGCGUCCCGGCCACCAAGAUUGAAAUUACCGUGUCCUGCCGGAACCUGCUGGACCUCGACACCUUCUCCAAGUCCGACCCCAUGGUGGUGCUUUACACGCAGAGCCGGGCCAGCCAAGAGUGGCGGGAGUUCGGACGGACCGAGGUGAUCGACAACACGCUGAACCCAGACUUCGUGCGCAAAUUCGUCCUCGAUUACUUCUUCGAGGAAAAGCAAAACCUGCGCUUCGAUGUGUACAACGUCGACUCCAGAACCAACAUCUCCAAACCGAAGGAUUUCCUGGGACAAGCGUUCCUGGCCCUGGGAGAGGUGAUCGGAGGCCAGGGCAGCCGAGUAGAGCGACCCCUCACGGGUGUACCAGGCAAGAAGUGUGGGACCAUAUUGCUGACCGCAGAGGAGCUUAGCAAUUGUCGGGAUAUUGCCACCAUGCAGCUGUGUGCAAACAAGCUGGACAAGAAGGACUUCUUUGGGAAAUCAGACCCUUUCCUUGUGUUCUAUAGGAGCAAUGAGGAUGGCACGUUCACCAUCUGCCACAAGACGGAGGUUGUGAAAAACACGCUGAAUCCUGUGUGGCAGCCCUUCAGCAUCCCUGUGCGGGUAUUGUGCAAUGGAGACUAUGACAGAACAGUGAAGAUUGAUGUGUACGACUGGGACCGGGAUGGAAGUCACGACUUCAUCGGUGAGUUUACCACCAGCUACAGAGAGCUGAGCAAGGCGCAGAACCAGUUCACAGUGUAUGAGGUACUUAACCCUCGGAAGAAAUGUAAGAAGAAGAAAUAUGUCAACUCGGGAACUGUGACGCUGCUUUCCUUUUCUGUGGACUCUGAAUUCACUUUUGUCGAUUACAUCAAGGGAGGGACGCAGCUGAACUUCACAGUAGCCAUUGACUUCACAGCUUCCAAUGGGAAUCCCCUGCAGCCCACCUCCCUGCACUACAUGAGUCCUUAUCAGCUCAGCGCCUAUGCCAUGGCCCUCAAGGCAGUGGGAGAAAUCAUCCAGGACUAUGACAGUGACAAGCUGUUCCCAGCUUACGGCUUUGGGGCCAAGCUGCCUCCCGAGGGACGGAUCUCCCACCAGUUCCCCCUGAACAACAAUGAUGAGGACCCCAACUGUGUGGGCAUUGAGGGCGUGUUGGAGAGCUACUUCCAGAGCCUGCGCACCGUGCAGCUCUACGGGCCCACCCUCUUCGCCCCUGUCAUCAACCAGGUGGCCAGGGCUGCAGCCAAGAUCUCUGAUGGUUCUCAGUACUAUGUUCUGCUCAUCAUCACUGAUGGGGUCAUCUCUGACAUGACACAGACCAAGGAGGCCAUUGUCAGUGCCUCCUCACUGCCCAUGUCCAUCAUUAUUGUCGGUGUGGGACCAGCCAUGUUUGAGGCAAUGGAAGAGUUGGAUGGUGAUGACGUGCGCGUGUCCUCUAGGGGACGCUAUGCAGAGCGGGACAUCGUUCAGUUCGUCCCGUUCCGAGACUAUGUCGACCGGUCAGGGAACCAGGUGCUGAGCAUGGCCCGACUAGCCAAGGACGUGUUGGCCGAGAUCCCAGAGCAGCUACUGUCCUAUAUGCGCACCAGGGACAUCCAGCCUCGCCCUCCACCCCCUGCCAACCCCAGGCCGACGCCAGCUCCAGAGCAUCCCUGAAUAGCCCACCUAUCCAAAGCCUAGCAGCCUGCUCACCUGCCCACCCACUGCUUCUGCUGAAAGCCAGAGGCACCUGGAACCCUGGACCUCCCUGGAAGGCCAGCUUGGAGGAUCGGUACUGGCUGGUCGAGCCCUCUGCCCCCUCAACCAUAGGAGGGCCUGGCACUCCCUGCCUUCAUGCCAAUAAUAAAGCUCACCUUUACUCCA